UUGUUACUCAUUUACACAUCAACAUCGUCGUUGACCCAAGAAAAAGCGAUCAUUCUCUAAAUUCUUUUACAAACCCUAAAAAUCUCCAUCUUCUUCACCGUCGAAUCACUGCUCUCUCUCUCUCCACAGUCAAAAUCCAAAACCCAUUCUUCAUUCUCUCCGAUUUCUCAAAAAUCGAUUUUGAAUUUACUUUGUUGAUACCGUAAACCCUCCAUUCGCAUUGUUUGCAAAUCUGAUGUUAAAAUUGAGGGCAGAGUUGGAGGGAACGUGAGAGAAUAUCCAGAGGAAGUAAGAUUUUGACGGUGGAUUAAGGAGUCUUGGAACCCCUGUUUUUCAAUUAUCCUGGUCUCUUUCUCUUAUGCGGUGGUGCUUGAGAGGCCAUUUGUGUGACAUAAAGGAUCUAAACCAGAGAAAAGGUCUAACAUGAAGUUAUCCAAUAUCCCACAACGCUAUGUCAUAGUCUUCUUGACUUUCCUCAGCACCUCCGUCUGUUACAUCGAGCGUGUUGGCUUCUCUAUUGCAUACACCGUCGCUGCAGAUGCUGCUGGAAUCAACCAGUCAAGCAAAGGAACCAUACUUUCCACCUUCUUUAUUGGCUACGCUUGCUCUCAAGUGCCCGGAGGUUGGGCUGCUCAGAAGAUUGGUGGAAGGAAAGUCCUCCUUAUGUCCUUUGUUCUAUGGUCGUCUACUUGUUUCUUGGUUCCACUUGAUCCUAACAGAGUCGGGCUCUUGGUUUUCGCCCGUUUACUUGUUGGUGUUGCUCAAGGUUUCAUCUUUCCUUCUAUCCACACUGUUUUGGCUCAGUGGGUACCUCCUCAUGAAAGGUCUAGGUUGGUUUCGAUAACGACUUCGGGAAUGUAUUUAGGUGCAGCUUUAGGAAUGUGGUUGCUCCCUGCUUUAGUUGAGUUUAGAGGUCCGGAAUCAGUUUUCUUAGCUGAGGCAUUAGCUGGUGUUGUAUGGUCACUGCUUUGGAUUAGGUACGCGACUGACCCACCUCGAUCUGAGCAUCCGAAGGCCGCUGCAGCUGGAUUUGGAGGUGCUCUCUUGCCAACUAAUGUAAACCACCACCAUAAAGUUACUCACAUCCCGUGGAAGAAGAUAAUGCUCAGCUUACCCGUUUGGGCGAUUGUGGUCAACAAUUUCACAUUCCAUUACGCUUUAUAUGUGCUGAUGAACUGGCUUCCGACUUACUUCGAGCUUGGGCUCAAGGUCAGUCUUCAGGGAAUGGAUUCAUCGAAGAUGGUGCCGUACCUUAACAUGUUUGUAUUCUCCAUUGUUGGUGGGUUCAUUGCAGACUAUUUGAUCACCAAGAGAAUCCUCUCUGUUACCAGAACACGCAAGUUCUUGAACACGGUUGGGUUCUUAGUCGCUUCAGCGGCGUUGAUGGCUUUGCCUCAGUUUAGAACCUCCAACGGUGUGAUCUUGUGUUCCUCUGUGGCUCUUGGGUUUCUGGCAUUAGGAAGAGCCGGUUUUGCGGUGAACCAUAUGGAUAUUGCUCCCAGAUAUGCAGGAAUUGUGAUGGGAGUUUCGAAUACUGCUGGGACAUUAGCUGGAAUCAUUGGUGUUGAUUUGACUGGGAAGCUUCUUGAAGCGUCCAAGUUGAUCUACUCGGAUUUGUCACAUCCAGAGAGCUGGAGAGUUGUGUUCUUCAUACCUGGUUUGCUCUGUAUCUUUAGUACCGUUGUGUUUUUGUUGUUCUCUACGGGAGAAAGGAUCUUUGAUUGAAUGGGAUCAAAGUUUAUGAGAAACCCUUAUCAAGAUUAGUUAGUAGAGCCCUCUUACAUUUGAAGAUCCAUUGAAACCUUGUACUCUCGGGCUCUUCAUUGGUAUUCUUUUUUUUUUGGGUGAGUAAACUUUGAAUCACACCAAGAGUUUUAUUAUUAGUUGAUCUUGCAAUAUACUAUGAAUAAGAAUAAAAAUCUGUAGUUGGAUAA